GAUUAUACCGAAGGUCAGAUCGGCCCAGACACCAAAUUCGUUAUAACGCGAGCCGACUUAUUCUAGUCCAAAUUUAUUUUUAGCAGAACAGCAGAACAUAUUAAAUCCCGACGGGUCAAAAACGUGUAUUAAGAAACAUGGAAGAAAUGCUAAGAAAACGUGGAAAAAUUAUCAUAGGAGUUGUGGGAGUUGUAACUAUUCCUUUCACUAUACCUAUUCUGACAUAUAUUGUUUUACGUGAUGUAGUGCAAGAAGUAAAAAAAAAGACAAAAAAAGUAAAAAGAGAUAUCGAGAUAUGGAGCUUGGAACAAACUUUAAAACUGCAACUUGAAUUAGAGCUAAAGAAAUUUAUUUAUGAGCAGAGCAAAGUUCAAAAGGAUAUUGGGUUAAAACCAAGCGAUGCGGGUUUUUGUGAGUGGCUAAAGGACGUUAAAAAAGUUAAAAUUGAUUGUGUAUUAACUAACUGCAAACAAGAGUUACAAGCAGAAUAUGAAAAGUAUCUAACUACCGGAACUCAAGAAUUGCCGUCACUCAAUAUAGAGGCGAUUGACCAAUUAAAAAGUUUUAAUCAUUGUAAAUUGUUUCCUAAACAAGAAUGGAUAGUUAAUAAGUUGAUACCAAAUGCAGAAUUAAACAAAAGAUAUAAAAGUUAUGGUUUAUGUUUAGAUUGCCAACAACCUAAAAUUGAUGAAUUUAAUUGCCAAACUUGUGGUACUCGAUAUUUAAUCCAGUACUUCAAAGAACUGACCAGUAGUAGCAAUCCAGAAAAUGAAAUUAUUAAAAAAUUCCAAUCAGAUAGCCCUAGUUAUAAGAAAGCAUUGCUAAAAAGAAUACCUUAUAACAAAUUUGAAAGCGAAAGUAUCGAGUAUUUAGGAAGGGGAGGAUUCAGUACAAUCUUUAAAGCUAUAAUGAACGAAUAUAAUGAUUAUUACGAUUAUGAAAAAGACGAUGAAAAAGUUAAAAACAGGAGUGAUUAUAUAAUUUAUCGCAAAGUUGUUUUAAAGAAAUUAAAAGAUUCUAGCAAUGCAAUGACUGUGGAUUUUUUGCAAGAAGUCGCUAAUCAUCAUAAAUUGUUUAAAAAGGGCGAUAAGAUUGUGAAGUGUUACGGGAUCACCCAAGACCAUCAAAAAGACUACGUGAUGGUUAUGGAAUACAUGGAUGGCGGCGACUUGCGACAAUGUUUAAAAAAGCAUGCUAACAAGUUAGACUUUAAAGCUAAACUCUAUUAAUUACUUACAAUUACAAUUGGAUUAAACAGAAUUCAUAAUCUAGGAUUAGUUCAUGGGGAUUUACAUCCAGGCAAUAUAUUAGUUAAUUAUUUUUUUUCUUUGUAGCAUUUCUGAUCUAGGUUUUUGCCGACCUGUUAAUGAAUCCGAUAAAAGUAAAGUCUAUGGCGUUACUCCAUAUAUUGCUCCAGAAGUUUUAAGGCACCAACCUU